AAAGGCGCCCUCCCACACUACCAUUUCCACUAGGUUUUCCUCCUCGCCGCCGCAGCCGCCCCCUCGCUAUCCCCCUACUCGCCGCAGCCGACGCCGCCCUCUGCUCCAAGCCAUGGGACGCAUGCACAGCCACGGGAAGGGCAUGUCGUCCUCGGUGCUGCCCUACAAGCGGGAAGCUCCGGCCUGGGUCAAGAUCGCCGCGCCGGACGUGGAGGAGAUGAUCGUGCGUGCCGCCAAGAAGGGCCACCUGCCGUCGCAGAUCGGCGCGGUGCUCCGCGACGCCCACGGCAUCCCGCUGUCCCAGGCCGUCACCGGCUCCAAGAUCAUGCGCCUCCUCAGGGCGCGCGGGCUGGCGCCGGAGAUCCCGGAGGACCUCUACUCCCUGAUCAAGAAGGCCGUCGCGAUCAGGAAGCACCUGGACAGGAACAGGAGCGACGUGGACGCCAAGUUCCGGCUCAUCCUCGUCGAGAGCAGGGUUCAUCGCCUCUCCCGCUACUAUCGCCUCACCAAGAAGCUCCCCUCCGCCUGGAAGUACGAUUCCACCAUCGCGUCCACUCUCGUGGCUUGAAGUUAACGCUUUUGGUCUUGCAUGGUUAUCUGCAGCUUUGGAGUUCAGUUUUGUCUUAAGUACUAGUAAGUAAACCUUUUAGGAUCGUAAGCUGUUAAACCUACCCCUCGUGCGCAGCUGGAGAGAAGUAUCUCGAGAGUUUACUGAGACUUGAUCACGCUUUGGUCAUUGGAAGUUCAGAUUAUUCACAAUGUAUUUUGAGUUUGGUUUAACUUUGAGGAAUGUUGGUACUGCUUCCUACUGAUGUAUCUUCAGUGUUUCAUUAUAAAUCCUGCAUCUACUUCGCAAAGUGAACUAUAUGAAGUGAUCUUUGUGUUUUUUUCC